GACCUCGCGCGCGCGAUCACCUCCUCUCUCAUCUUAACUUCUAACAUUCCACCGUUUUGACACCCAUUCUUGUGUUCUCGUUGCUGCCUGAACGAAUAUCCGCCCCUUUCGUACGUGUACGCUACAGGUUGAAGCAUUUGAUCAAACUGCAAGCUCGAUAACUCAGACUCUUCGACGACUACGCCAGGCACAGAGGAACUUGAAGGCGUCCACUUCAGGGAAUCUGUGUAACCGUCUACCAGGGACAUUCUGCCAUUCAGAGGAGAGACCUGUGAAGUCCUAGCUACCCCUGAACAAACACGCGUCUACUUGCAAGGGACGUGUUGUGAUACAUUGAAAGUGAGGUAUUCCAUUGUUCCUCCACACCACUCUGUCCUCAAUAUCUUCACAAAAUACAGCAUGAAGGCGGAAGACACUCCUUCACAAACCCCUACAACUACAUUCUCCGCCGCCCAAUGGGGUCCCCAAUCACAAAUCCCCAUUGACCCUGCUUUGCAGCAGCAACAACCCACGCCGCACCCAACGCCCACAUACACGCACUAUCAAUAUCAACAUUACGCCGCUCAAGCGGGAUACUCACAUUACCAAUAUCCGCCUCCACAACAACCUCAACAACCGCCACAGCAGCAACAGCAAGCUUAUGUCCCCCAUGCUCAACCUCCGUCGGGUGCGGCCACUAUGGCUGUGGCACCUCAACCCGCACGGCAGAAUAUCCAACCCAUGCAGACUACGACAAUCACGAGCACACUAGAUACUGCGGACGUUGCGACGUUGAAUGAUGCACUAGGAAGUGCUGGUGUAGACCUUCGGGCUGAAGAAGAGACACUACAUCGCACCUUCGAUACAUAUCAAGCAUACAGACCUUACGAGGAUCGCUCUCGAAAACAACCACCGAGACCCAAUUUCGAUGCUCGUAUUGUUGGAGGUACAAUGCGUGACAUUGGGAACAAGCAUAAAGUGACCAAAAUUCCUGAAGACUCUGUCAACUACGUUGCCUUGGCUGCUCGUGCACGAUUACAAGACUUAGUCACCGCCAUGAUUGAGGCUUCAGCACAUCGAACGAACACUCAAUUUGAUCGAGCACCUUCGACAUACGGGGACGGUUCACCAAUGUGGGGUCUGGUCAUCAGAAGCGACGUGGGCAAGCAAUUAGCAGCGCUGGAGAAGAUCGAAAAGGAGGAAGAGAUGAAGGUGAGGAGGGAGAGGAGAGAACGUGAAGAAGCCGCUGCAGCUCAAACUGCAGCCCUUCAAGCACAGCAAGCAGCAAGCGGAUCCGCCAUGGUAGUAGAUGGUGAGGAAGAUGGCCAGCCGAAGAAGAAGAAAAAGAAGGAAGGGCCAGGUGUUACGGCUCGCAACAUGUCGGAAGACGUUAGGAAGAAAAUGUCAAACGCGGUUGCGAGUCAAGCUGCUGGCUUGGGUACGGGAAAGUAUGCUUGGAUGACGGCUGCAAGUGCUACUGUAGCACCACCCAAACCCAAACCUGUUACGAGUACCGGCUCGUCAGGAUUAUCGCCUGCGACCACGACCGCUCCAGCAGUUGGUGCGGGUGGUGCGGGAGGUUGGGCUAGACCAUAUGUUUCGUCUAAGCCUAGCACACAGCAGAUGACACCUCCCAAGGAGGAGGAUGGUAGACGGCUGAUUACUUUGAGGGAUGCAUUGUUUGUUAUUGAGAAGGAGCGAGGUCAUGGUGGCGGAAAGGGCUCGGCCAGAGGAUGGACAUGAUUGCCAAGUGUUUGCCUCAAUUCCUGUGGUCCUUGCUAUAGUACUCUUAUUUAAUGUCAUGGCUUCCGAGCUGUUUUCAUCCUGCAUAUAUGAUGCUGUCACUUGAAGCUUGAAGAUGCGUGAUGAACCAUCACGAUCGCGCAAAUAAAACGUCCGAGGAAAAAAGUCACGACAUCGGA